AAAUUCUCAGCAACCCCUGAAAAGAAGAGAGGUUUUUGCGAGAGGAAGGAAUACGACUGCGCUUCGGGCGUUAAAAAAAAAACAGCGCACUGGCUUGGGAAUUCCACGGACUGGAAUCUUCUGCCGUCUAGCCAUCCCUCUCAACCUGGUGGCUGUGGUGGGUGUCCCAGUCGCCUUUGAUUCCUUCCCCCGUCUUCCCCUCAGAUCUACGAUCCUUAUCCCCGGUUCCCCGUAUUCUCCUCUCUCUCCUCAGCCCCAGUCGAGGAGACGCCGCUGCGGCUCUCGUCCCAUGUUCCAAUGAUUGUUAGGUGAUUGAGACUUGAGAGGGUCUGGAGGCUACCAACUGGUUUGGUGGCUCGGCCAAGCCGAGCGGUUCCACGCUGUUCUUGCCGCCUGGUGCCGGAGUUUCUAUGUCGAAGGCUGUGUUCGGAGUUUCUGCGUUGAAGGCGGUGUUCUGCUGAUUGGAGAAACUGGUUUGGUGCGGAUGUUUGAUGCCGUGUUGGUUAUAGGGACCGGGAGGGUGGGUGCUGGCAUGAAUUUGGUUUUCUGUCGAUUCAAUUGGUGCUUAAUUUGAGCCUUUGGAGGCUUUUUGGGAUCAGGGAGUUGGUCUCCGUCGAAGGAGGCUGCUAGCUUGCAGGCUCAUCGCCAUUGGCGCCGGACCUGCCUGUCGUACGGUCUUUCCUGUGCCGAAGUUUUUGCUGCUGUGAAAACGCUUUAAGCGAUUACCUUUGGCGACCUUUCCAUGCAAAGGCUUGACCUUUUGGGUUCCGGAACUGAUUGGUGGUCGAGGAGUCUUGGAGUGCUGGUCUACCUGCAUUAUCAACAGGGCAUUUCUGCAGAACAAAAGUUGUAUCCUGUGCAGAUAGCCAGAUACUGCUUUGCUAGUGUAUUAAAUUGCUUCUUGUGUUUGAACAAAGAUUCUAUUCAGCCAGAAGACAGUGCUCUUCUUUAUAUCCUGUCCGGAGCUCAAUACAGUGCUCCAAAUCCAUAUCAGCCUGCUAGGAGUGGAUAAGGAUCUUUGCCUCAACGAGUGGAGCAAAACCAUGGAUGUGCCUACGCCUCCCAACCGUGCCGGCUGCAACAGUAACAUCAGCAACAUCGGCAGCCCCAUGCAAUCUUUUGAUGAUCCCUUUGGUGGUGCUGCCAUGACGAGCUUUGAUGGAUACUCGGAGCUCAGCAGCCCAUCAGUUGCUGAUCACAUAUUCUCCCUGCUGAAUGAUCCCUCGUCUGUGCAACAUAUGUUUGCCUUGUGGUCAUCUUCGGGGUCAUCUCCGCGUGCUUCUGCUGUGAGAGAAGACAUGUCGUUUGACACCUAUCCUGGACCUAUGGACGUGACAGCAUCACUUGCUCAAAGGAUCAACUCAGCAUCAGUAUUCAAUCCAACUGAAGUGGACAGAGGACUAAAAGACUCAGAUGGGCUUGUUCCAAAUAAUGGUUCACAACAAGGGAGUAGCAUCAUUCCGAGGUCGGUUGGCAACAUUCUUGCAGACAGGAUGCUCAUGGCGCUAUCUUUGUUCAGGAAGUCAUUGAGCGAUGGUGUUCUUGCCCAAGUCUGGAUGCCUGUUGAGCACAAUGGUCGUGUCGUGUUGAGUACAUCCGAGCAGCCCUAUUUACUUGACCAGGAUCUUGCAGGUUACAGAGAAGUUUCUAGAAAUUUCUUGUUUUCAGUUAAGGAGGAGCCUGGUCUGCACCUAGGGCUUCCAGGGAGGGUCUUCAUAUCUGGGGUGCCAGAGUGGACCUCAAGUGUUACGUAUUACAGUAAGCCAGAGUAUUUGAGAAUGGAGCAUGCUCUUCUUCAUGAAAUACGAGGGUCACUUGCUAUGCCAGUUUAUGAUCCCAGCAAGGGUUCUUGUUGUGCAGUUCUUGAACUUGUCACAAACAAGGAGAAACCUGAUUUUGAUGCAGAGAUGGACAUUGUUUGUGAUGCCUUGCAGGGUGUGAACUUGCAGACAACAACAGAUCGCAGCAAUCAGAAGGUUUACUCUGAAAAUCAGAAAUAUGCUUCUACAGAGAUUUUGGAUGUUCUAAGAGCUAUUUGCCAUGCACAUAUGCUUCCUUUGGCCCUUACAUGGAUCCCUACAUCAAACGGCACCGCUAAUGGUUUUUGUGUCGCAAAGAAUAUCAGGCUUGAUUCGCAACCAGGAAAAUCAGUACUUCGUAUCCAUGAAUCAGCUUGUUAUGUUAACGAUGCAAAGAUGCAGGGAUUUCUUCAUGCAUGUGCUGAACGUCAUCUUGAGAAAGGGCAGGGUAUUGCAGGCCGAGCCCUUAAAUCUAAUCUUCCAUUCUUUUCGCCUGAUAUAAGAGAGUACAGUAUCGAAGACUACCCGCUUGCACACCAUGCUCGUAAGUUUGGUCUGCAUGCUGCUGUAGCCAUCCGACUGAGGAGUACGUACACUGGUAAGGAUGACUACAUACUAGAAUUCUUUCUCCCAGUCAACUGCAAGGGCUGUGGAGAGCAGCAGAUGUUAUUAAACAGCCUUUCCAGCACAAUGCAAAGAAUAUGCAAAAGCUUGCGAACAGUUUCUGAAGCAGAGACCGAUAGUGUUAGUGCUACUGAACCAAUGUAUGAGAAGACUAAUGGAAGUUGUUUACCAACUGGUAACUCUGAAAGUUCCUCACAUGAUGACCAGCCAAUCACAGAAUCUGCAUUCCAUGAUCUAUCUUCGGGUGACAAACAAGGAGACAGAGAACCUGCUAAGGCACGGAGUAGCUCAAAGCGAGUUGCAGAGAAAAAACGCAGUACAUCUGAAAAGAAUUUUAGUCUGGAUGUUCUUCGCAAAUACUUUUCUGGGAGCCUCAGGGAUGCUGCAAUGAGCCUUGGCGUUUGUCCAACAACUUUGAAACGAAUAUGCAGACAACAUGGAAUUUCCAGAUGGCCAUCUCGAAAGAUAAACAAGGUCAACCGUUCACUGAAGAAGAUCGAGAAGGUCAUCAAAUCGGUUCAUGGUGUGGACAGAUCCUUGCAGUACGAUCCUGCCACUGGAUCUCUUGUUCCAGCAACCUCCCUUCCGGAUAAGAUGCCUACCUCAUCUGCGGGCGUAAAAACAGUGGAGGAAAAAUCUAGCCCAGAACCAGGACAGGAUUUCUCUUCGCCUGAUGGAUGGCAAAGAGAAAGUAGCCAACUUCAUGCCUCCAGUAUACCUACAAGGGUAGGUGAUGAAGUCCAAAUGCUGGCAAUCAACAACGAAGGCAGCAGGAACUAUGCUUCUGGUAUCGCAAAUAUCGCGCAGCAUUCAAACUCCGAAGACGCACACGGUCCUUUAUAUCCCGUCGGUGCUGUUAAUUCUUCGCGUACCGGAGAAACAGGCUACAUCGAUUCUCCAACCUCCCUCCACAUGGAUAGCGUCGAAGGCCAAACAACGGUGAGGGACUCAAGAUCUGUACAGCAAGCAGAUGUCACCAUGGCCACCAAGGAGCAGACCCUUCCCUCCACCUCUGGCACAACCGAUUCUUCGAGCGGCAGCGCCUCAAGUCAGCCUGCUUUCAAGGGGAACCCAGGACGUGCCCUCAAAGUUAGCAGCAGCGAUGCACUGACGGUGAAAGCUACCUGUAACGGCGACACCGUGCGGUUCAAGUUCCUGCCGGCAAUGGGCUGGUACCACCUGCUGGAAGAGGUAGCGAAGAGGUUUAAGCUGGCGACAGGAGCGUUCCAGCUCAAAUACAAGGACGACGAGGACGAGUGGGUGAUCCUGGCGAACGACGCCGACCUCCAGGAGUGCGUGGACGUCCUGGACUCGAUCGGCUCGCGCAGCGUGAAGCUGCAGGUGCGCGACCUCCCCUGCCUCGUCAGCAGCUCGGGCAGCAGCAGCUGCUGCUUGCAGGUGGAAGGAAGCGCCUAGCUCAUGACGGCAGGACGGAAGCCUGGGUCAUGGCACGUUGACUGUUGUAGUAGGUUUUAGCCUUCUGCUGUCGCCGUAAUGGAUCCAUGUCUACGCUCAAUACAAAAUGGCGAGUGCAGAAAAGGAGAAGUGUAAUACUCGUCGCACGGCUGAAACAAUGCCGUGAAGGCCUUGCCAUAAUCUGUUGUUUGUUCACAAAAGUCGUGGCAAUAAUCUGUUGCCAUGAAUAUGGGAGGUUUUAAGACGCGACACCAAGUUUCUGAGCUUGCUGUGUUCCGAAUUUUCAGAAUCUAGUUCUCUCCGGAUCCCGUCGGUCUGUAUGAUCGGCGAUUUGCGGCUAUGAUAUAGCCUGCAGCGUUUACAGAACCAUGUGGACGUGAUGCAGUUUGGAGUCGGUUUCGAGAAAUCUUUUCUCCGAUAUCCUACGACUACGAGUGACAGCCUGACGUUUUGGCUUUGAGUGCGGGGAGUGGAGGUUGGUUUCCAGUCGUGUCGCGGCGCCUGGGCGUGCCGUUGAAGGCGUGGUGCAGCUCGUGAGUCUGGACGGGAUAGCUACUAUUUGUAUUCAGACUGAUCAGAAGCCGUCCAACUUGGAAGAAUUACAGUUCGCAGAAAGUUUCCGCGGUAGGGAACGGCUGCACUGCCAAUUCGCGUGAAACUGGGGAACUUUGUACUAUGGUGGAGGACCUGGAGGUAGUUUAAUCGUGGUAGAGAACUCGACGGCUCGAGGAGCUGGAGUGGCUUACAGUGUAAUUCUUGUCUGUUGUCUCA